CUGUUCGAUAGCUGCGCGAGUGUAAAAUAUUCGUCCGAGAACACAGGCUAAACAGAAGUCUACCGCCACUUUGUCAGAACUAUCACAAGCCAGUGCAUACGAGUCUCUUCAACCCAUGGCACCCUCAACAUCGACUGCCGCGCAGCCGGGACCAUCAGCUGCUCUCGCGCCGGCCCAGGAGCAGCCCAAGACCCUCGAUGAGCUCGUGCAGUACCUGACGACAACGACGGGCUCUGCUGCCACAGUGAAUGGCACGCUGAAAACUUUUGGCACGAAAGAGACGCGGGACACACUGCUCGCGAGUACGCUUGGGAGUGGGCAGGACCCGUUGGAAGUCUUGAGUCCAGAGACGAAUACGCUGGGGUAUCUAUAUAUCCUAGCAGCAAGGCUAGAUGUUAGCGGAGCCCUGCCACCACAGAUCCAACAUGUCGAAUCCUUCUGCAAGCGAUUUACUCCUGAACAUGCCCGCCUAGCUCCAGAUCGCAUCAGUGCACUGGCAAAAGGUAUCGUGAAAGCAUCAGGAGAGAACAUAAAGCACGCGCUCGAUCCCCUCUGCAGUAUCGUACUUAGAUACCCACCAAAGCCGACAUACCUGACGAGCGUCCAUCCGAUCUUCUUGCAUGCCUGUGUUACUGCACGGCACUUCGCAGCAGCUCUCCCUGUUCUCUCCACGCCUAUUGUCGACAUCGACACUACAAUAUCAGAUUUGCACUAUAACGACAACCUUCUGUACCACUAUGCUGGCGGUGUUGUUUUCGCUGUUCUUAAACGCUGGCGCGAAGCGGAGGAGUUUUUCGAAAUUGUCGUGACGUCUCCUGCACAGACACCUGCGGCGAUCCAGUUCGAGGCUCUGAAGAAGCUAACACUGGUCCAAUUGAUCUUGUACGGCAAGGCCAUCCAACCACCAAAAUACACCAACAAUCAGCUCAUCCGGAUGAUCAAGAAUUCGCCUUACAACACGCUCGGAAAAGCGUACCCUCAGACUGCCGCCUCACUAACGGCGAUCGUGCAGAAGGACGUAGAGGCGUUCCGAUCGGACCAGAACUUAGGUCUUGUGCAGCAGGUCAUCGACCGUGCAUCGCGGUGGCUGAUCAAGAAGCUCACGCUGACAUACAUUACACUUGGUCUCACUGACAUCGGCAAGGAAGUUGGGGUUGAGGCAGAGGAAGUGCGCGUUAUUGUGCUGAACAUGAUUGAGAUUGGCGAUAUCAAUGCGAGCAUAUCGAUUGACGGGAACGUUACCUUCGCGGACUCGACGCCACAAUUCACAAAGGCGGAUGUCGACGCUGCGCUGGCCCGGGCCCAGGAGCAGAGCAAGCUCCUGCGCGAUGUGGAGAGGGCGCUCAAUUCGAGCAAAGAUUACCUGCAGAAGGCUCUUAAGCACAAGGACGAUGCAUGGGGCAUGGACGAGGAUAUGUACAGCACCCCACCGUCGGGAGCCUGGGCAGAAGAAUCGAUGUAUGCUUGAUCAAAUACUACAUGUAGGCUGUUGAGACGAGAAACUGUACAAUGCCGCCUUGACGUUGUAUCAGGUUAUGAAAGCAGUCACUCGAGCGAGCGUAGGGCCAGAUGCCAAGUUGUGUUAAUACAGAAAGUCAUGCUCAUUGCCAGUC